CCAACCUGUACAGCCUUCGUGUGUGAGCAAGCAGCUGGAUGCUUACUGGUGUGUAUGGUAAUAAAAAAGGUGGACACUGCAAGACUGAAGGGCAGGACAACGCCAGAUUUGGAGUCCAACACCAGAAGAAAUAAAGGAUCCGCUUGAGUCCUCUGGAUGAAUGAGUGGACGAGUCCUGACAUCACAGUGGCAGAGGCCCUGCAGGCCUCAGGUUGCGAUGGCUUCACCAUGUCUGAGAACGCACACAUAUUUGAUUUACUGCCUGAACAAGGUAGCGCACUCCUGCAGGACCAGGAGGUACUCCCAUUUGUCAGCUAUCCCAACAUCCAGUAUUCCUGUGGGGACCCACCCAUGGUCUCUUCACCAUACUACUCCACUCAGAGCUACUACUCCCAAUACAGUGAGGAGUGGAACCCCUUCUCUGGAAUAUAUCAUGUGCAGAAGGACCCUACACAAAUCAGCUCUGAAACAGAAAUGGAGGAGGUCAUGGAACCCAUGUGCAAAAAAGCCAGGUUCCCUGGCAACCGAAUCAAAGGAGAAGAACUCUGCGUUGUCUGCGGUGACAAGGCAUCUGGAUAUCAUUAUAAUGCGCUCACCUGCGAGGGCUGCAAAGGCUUCUUCAGACGGAGCAUUACAAAGAACGCCGUGUACAAGUGCAAGACUGGUGGAAACUGUGAGAUGGACAUGUACAUGCGUAGGAAAUGCCAGGACUGCCGGCUCAGGAAGUGCAAAGAGAUGGGGAUGCUGGCAGAAUGUCUGCUGACAGAAAUUCAAUGCAAGUCAAAACGACUGAGAAAGAAUACAAAGGCUUCUUCAGAAGAAUCUCCUGGGGAUGAAAUGAAGGGAGACGUUGGAGAUGUCAAACUAAUCACUUCCACCACAAAGAUUACAAAGGAGAAAAUUGAACUCAGUCCAGGCCAGUUGGCUCUACUCAAACAUAUAGUAGAUUCCUAUGAUAAACAUCGUAUACCCCAAGACAUGACCAAAAGGCUUCUUCAAGACCAAUACAGCACAGAAGAGAACUUCCUUUUGUUGACAGAAAUGGCUACUAGUCAUGUACAAGUGCUCGUGGAGUUCACCAAAAACAUCCCAGGUUUCCAAGCCCUGGACCACGAAGACCAGAUUGCCCUGCUAAAGGGCUCUGCAGUGGAAGCUAUGUUCCUGAGGUCUGCCCAGAUGUUCACCAGAAAGCUUCCUCACGGUCACCCAGAUGUGCUUGAGGAGAGGAUACGAAAGAGCGGAAUUUCUGAGGAAUUUAUAACCCCCAUGUUCAACUUCUACAAAAGCAUUGGAGAACUUCAGAUGGUGCAAGAGGAACAUGCCCUCCUGACAGCCAUCGCCAUCCUAUCACCAGAUCGGCCAUACGUGAAGGACCAGGAGGCUGUGGAGCAUCUUCAGGAGCCCGUGCUGGAGAUCCUUGACAAGUUCUGCAAGCUGCAUCACCCAGAGGACCCGCAGCACUUUGCGCGGUUGUUGGGUCGACUGACGGAGCUGCGCACGCUCAACCACCACCACUCGGAGAUGCUGCUGUCCUGGCGUGUCAAUGAACACAAGUUCACUCCCCUGCUGUGCGAGAUCUGGGAUGUGCAGUGAGCGACCUCGUAGUGAGCCACCACUGACAGAGCCAGGCCCACUUAAGCCGUCCCAGAAAGAAAUGCAGUGAAGUUGAGUUUUAGUAUUAAAAUGUGUAAUAGAUUUUAAUUUUAACAUAGAAUGGCUUGGGAAGGUGCAGCAACAAAACGUAACUCAU